AUGAUGCAGCAGCACGUCGUGUUUGUCGGCGUUCUACUUCUCUUCGCAUACGUUUCCGCUCAACAAACAUUUCAAUCGACAUUGUUCGAUAUUCCUGCGGAAGUACCCGCCGAGGACUAUGCUGUACUGUCACAAAUAGAGGAUGUCCCAACCAAGAAGACAAAGGACAGUGUGAAACCGAUUAAGCUCAACAAAGCUGCUCUCAAAGUACCACAUGUGCAGCUGGGUACUCCACCACCGGUUCCACUGCCACCUCAGCCUCUUCCACAACCACCUGUGGCGGUAACUCCCGCACCGUUCACUUUUCCAACACAUCCAACAUUCGCUCCAUUUACACUUCCAACUCAUCCAACACUUCCACCAUUCACUCUACCUACUCAUCCCACCGUGGCACCGUUGUCCUUCCCCGGACAACCAACUCCUCCUCCGCCACCGUUCAUCGUUCCUACACAUCCUACUAUGGCUGCUUUCACUUUGCCUACUCAUCCUACUUUGCCGCCGUUCACAUUCCCAACUCAUCCAACAGUCGCUCCGUUCACGGUGGCUCCUCCUGCUCAGCAGUUCCCCGUGCCAGGAUUCGGAGCACAACCACAGCAGUAUGGACAAUACGGGCAGCAAUCGCAGCAGCAAUUUGUGCAACCACUGCCGUCACAGCAGCCACAGUACGGUGCUCAGGCGCAGCAACCGAUCGUGCAGCCACCACCUCCACCACCUACACAGCAGCAGCCAGUGCAACAGAAUGUUGCUCAACCACAGCAACCCGUUAUUCAGCCACCGCCACAACCACAACAGCAACAAAACCAAUUUUAUGAGACUCAAACACAACAGUUCGGAGUGAAUUCGCAGCAAAACGUACAGUUCGGCUUGGUACAGCAACAAGCACAACUUGGACAACAACAACAACAACAACCGUACCUACUUCAGCAGCCAUACGGUGGAGUCCAGCAACAGUACGGACAACAGUAUUAUCAGCAACAACAACAACAACAACAGCAACAACCGUACCAAGUUUACCAACAACAACAACAAAACUAUGGUCAACAACCGGCACAAUUCUCUCAACCAUCGCAACAGCAGUUCCGACAGCAGCAGCAGCAACAGCCUCAACAACAGUUUGUAGCGCCUCUGCCACAACAACAACAACAACAACAACAACAACAACAGCAACAACAAUUCCAACAACAAACGCAAUUCCAACAGCCAUAUCAACAACAACAGCAACAAAUUCCACGACCACAACAACAACAACAACAACAACAAUUCCAGCAACAGACAUUCCCACAACCGGUUCAACAACCACAACAACAACAACAACAACAACAACAACAAUUCGUACGGGCCGCAGGAACCCCUCCAGUUCAACAACGUGGAGUUCCACAACAACAAAUUUUUGAACAGGUAGUCACAGCUGGACAGGGACGUAUCGUAGCACCAUCCAGGCAGAAACAAGUAACGAAUCCAGCCGAUCUGCAGAUCGAAGAACCUGGACAACUUGUGGAACCGGCGCCACCAUCUCAGCACUUCAUACGAUUUCAUCACCAAAGGAAACAGGCGGCGGCCAAGUUACCCGAAAAACGUGUGGAGAAAGUGUCAAGUUCGACUCCGAAUCGAAUAUCGUUAUGGUUCAAAGAGCAAUACGACACGAGUGCCUGCCAGAAAAACCUCUCGAAAAUCGCAGAAAAGUUCCGCACUAAGUUCCCAGUAUAUCUACAAAAAGCAGGAAAGGAUGCUGCACUCGCCGAUCUCAUCGAGCAACGACUUAUAGAAUGUGAGAGGAAGUCGACUGCUAGUCAUUGGGACAAAGUCGAUGGCCUUCUCACCAAGAUUUCACUUAGCAAGAGUGAGGAAUCCGAAUGCCGAAGUGGACUUAUCCAGGAGCGAAUUUCGUGCGUGAACCUGCUCAAUUACGCAUGCCAAUUCAUCGAUCCAUCGUUCAUCUUCCGAUUGGUCCCGGCAAGAAUUACGAUACAGGAAGCCCGACAAGCUGAAAAUGGAGCAGAGAAAUGCCGAAAAGUUGUACGUUUGGUGAAGAAACGACUAGAAGGAUGA